GGAUGAGUGGUGCAAUGCAUUUUGACCUGUAUAUAUUGAAUGUAUACGAAAUGAUGUUGUAUUAGCAACGGUGUAGCUUGCCGGGGAAGCAGGGGCGGAGGUGUGCGUAUGGGGUGACUUGUUACGUAAGACGUUACAUAAGCACACGUCACGUGAUACUUACGUAAUAAUUACACAAUGCUUACGUAAGACACACCCGGACACCAGAUCACACACCAGCUCCAAAAUGUUCGUACGGACAGCACCAACCACUCAAAACACACAGUGAAGGCGCCACGGAUCCACCAUCACGAGCCCUUUAGUUCGCAUAUCAAGACCCAGCAGACCACAGAACGAUGAGCUCAAACAGGGCGUGCAUGCUGUGCGGGAUCGUGGAGCCCGCCAAGAGAUUCCAGGAGGAAGGGUGUCCGAACUGUGUCGAUGUGCUCGACAUUGGCCUGUCGACGACGUCGCCAACGUUCGAAGGCUUGGUGGCCAUCGGCGAGCCUGACAAGUCGUGGGUGGCCAAGUGGCUCAGAGUGAGUAACUACAUACCGGGACUAUACGCCGUGAAGGUGCAAGGACGCUUACCGAGGGAGUUUGCGGAGAAUAUACCUAAUUAUAGACCAAGGGAUGGAAGCGUUAUGGAC